AUGCUUCGUUUAACGCCCGCCGCAAUUUGUCGACCGCUUUAGCGCCGCCUAUCCCUGGGCGUUUGGCACUCGGUCGCCGACUCCUCUGUCUCCCUCUCAUUGGAUUCAGGUGAUUCGCACGUCGGAGCGCAAAGUUAAGGGAAAGAGCAACUGGAUGGGAGAGAUUUUACGGCCAAUCGAGGUGAUGGCCGUGGGAAUUAUUCUGUUCGCUCUGUGAUUUGAGCUAGGGUUUCGACGUGCGGCGUAAAGCCCCUUCUGCCGAGCUUUUUCUUCAGUUGAUUGAUAGCAGGGUUUGUUGUUCUUUCGCUUCGAUAUCUGGGAUGGAUUAGGUGGGGCGGCUGGUGAAUUGCUUCGUGGGUGACUUGGAAUUGGCGUUUCGAGGCUGUUUUAGGAGGGGGGAAAACGGAUUUUUAUUGUAUCCUAAGAUUUGACUGCUAGUUGCAAAUAUGGUAUGGAAAUGUGAACCGAUAAGUUCUGGAUGUUGGAUUGGUCGUGCCAAGAGAGUUGUGGUUGCAGCGUUGUAUCGCUUUUCUUGUGUGGGGAUUGGCUUCUGACUUUUGGAUCUAUUCUUUUGUUUCUUGUUUCAAGCUAGAAAGACGAAUCAAGCUACUUGAAGGAAAAAGAUCGGUUCUUUGGUGGAACAGGGCGGCUAAGGGUUGCCCCUUGUGCAAGAACUGAAAGGAAGUUGAUGACCCUUGAGUCUCAGUCAGACUCGUAUGGAUGGUUUACCGCCCACGGGUAAUGGAGGGAAUGCGAACCAGAUUAAAGAUGAUCUAUCUGCCCUGUCGGAGCUCAUGGAUUUUGAUGGUUUUACUGAAGCCUGGAGCCCGACAAUUGCAGACCAGAUCUUUUCAAUCUUAAACUUUUCGGAUGCUCAGCAAACGCCUGCUACUUGGGCUUCCUUCAUAUCACCGAGUAGUAUUGCAGCACAAGGUACGAAAGCUGUUCGUGGAGACACUAAUGACGACCGCAAGGAGAACAUGGCUUCACAAAAAGCUGAUUUGUCACUGGGGCUUAGGAAUUCCUAUUGCCGUAGUUACCUUGCUUCUGAUGACAUAUCCAGUGAAGGGAUCUCAACUGUCAGUAGACCUUUUGGAGGUGUGUCUCUUACAGAAAGAAUGCUCAAGGCAUUGCUCUUGUUUAAGGAAUCAUCAUGUAGUGGAAUUCUUGCCCAGGUCUGGAUGCCCACUGUGCAGGGUGAUCAGUAUGUAUUAAGCACAUCUGACCAGCCUUUUCUCCUAGACAAAAAUCUUGCUGGUUACCGGGAAGUUUCAAGGAAUUUUAUUUUUUAUCUGAAGGAAGCACCUGGCAUGUUCACCGGGCUUCCUGGGCGUGUAUUUGUAUCCAGGACGCCAGAGUGGACCUCAAAUGUCACCUAUUACAAAAAAAAUGAGUACAUGAGAGUGGACGAUGCGGUUAAUCAUCAAGUUCGUGGAUCUCUUGCCAUGCCUGUGCUUGAUCCUUGUGAAGGUUCCUGUUGUGCGGUGCUUGAGCUUGUUACAACAGUGGCUAAGCCCAACUUCAAUACGGAGAUGGAAAACAUUUGCAAUGCUUUGCAGGUUGUGGAUUUGACGACCAUCAAAACCCAGACUCGUCAACAGAACCUCACAAAGAGUCAGAUGUCUGCAUUUUCAGAAAUACUCGAUGUUCUGAGAGCUGUUUGUCAUGGCCACAUGUUGCCUUUGGCACUAACAUGGGUACCCCUUUGGUAUGACGAUGGUUUGAAUGACUCUAGAAAAUAUGAUAUUGGGGACAUGAAGUCAACUUCAGGAAGACAUAUCCUUUGCAUCCAGGAAUCCGCUUGCUAUGUUAAUGACACACAAAUGCAAGGUUUUCUUCAUGCAUGUGCUGAGCAUCACCUUGAGAAAGGACAAGGCAUUGCUGGAAAAGCACUUCAAUCAAAUAAUCCAUUCUUCUUCCCUGAUGUAAAAGUAUAUGAUAUAUGUGAAUAUCCACUUGCACACCAUGCUCGGAAGUUUAGUCUCCGUGCUGCAGUUGCAAUCCGGCUGAGGAGCAUAUACACCAGAAAUGAUGAUUACGUACUUGAGUUCUUUUUACCAAUAAAUUGUAUAGGCAGUGAAGAGCAACAGCUCUUGUUAAAUAACCUCUCAAAUACUCUACAGAGAAUUUGUAGGAGCUUGAGAACUGUCUCAAAUGCUGAAAUAGCUGGAGCAGAGAUCAGUAGAGCAGGCAUUCAUAAAGAAACAGAUUUAGGUUCCUCAUCAACUGAUUUCUCAAUGAAGCAUUCUCAAUUAAUGGACAGCGAUAAUGAAACAACAUCUGAGAUGCCUUUGGAGUCUCGGAAUAUUGGUUCUCAUGAACAAAGUGGAGAUGCUAAUCAUGAUCAGUUAAAUUCUGGCUCUAUGAAACAUGUGGAGAAAAAACACACUGCUGCUGAGAAGAAUAUUAACUUGAGUCUUCUUCAGCGAUACUUUUCUGGAAGUCUCAAGGAUGCUGCAAGGAGCAUUGGAGUUUGUCCAACAACAUUGAAAAAGAUAUGCAGACAGCAUGGGAUUUCAAGAUGGCCAUCUCGCAAGAUAAAUAAGGUCCAUCGUUCAUUGCAGAAGAUCCAAAAUGUGAUAAAUUCUGUGCAUGGAGUGGAGGGAGCACUAAAAUAUGAUCCUUCUACUGGGUGCAUUGUCACAGCAGUCUCCUCUCCAGAAAAGUCAACAUUGGUAACAUUAGACCCAAAAGGUCAAGACCUUAUGCCGACCUCUUCCUUUCGGCAGAUUGAAACAGAACAAACUCUUGGGAAAAUUGAAUCAGAUUGCUCUUCUGUUGACAGACGCCAAAUAGGUACCACAGGCCAGUUAAAAUGUGAAACAGAUGAACUUGGUGUCAUUUCAAAUGAUUGUGGCAGAGAAUUCAACUUUAUUUCUGCUGAUGGAUGCCUGUUCCCAUAUGCUAAUGCUCAAAGCAUGCACAAACUGCCAUUGUAUUCUAAAGGUAUUUCCAACAGUUCAUGUCUUUUAAAAGGAGCAGGAUGCCACCAAGGCGGCAAAGAUGACGUAAGUUUGGUGAGUCAUGAGUGCCAGAACGUGUCAACACGCUCGAGUUUGGCAGCACCGGAUAAAUUGACAAGCCCUCUUUCUUCUAGUAUGACAGACUCUUCCAGUGGCAGUGCAUCAAGCCACUCAAGUUUCAAGAAGAGUCAGAGAUUACUCUCUCAAACUGGCCCAUGUGUAACAGUGAAGGCUACCUACAAUGGUGACACUGUUCGAUUCAAGUUCUUUCCAUCUUUGGGGAGCCACCACUUGUUUGAGGAAAUUGGAAAGAGACUGAAAUUGCUGGUAGGAACAUUCCGGCUUAAGUAUAGGGAUGAUGAGGAUGAUUGGGUCAUUUUGGCGAAUGACUCUGACCUUGAGGAGUGCAUUGAUGCACUACAAAAUAUUGUAUCACGGAGCAUAAAGCUUCAAGUCUAUGAUGUACCAUGUAACAUUGGCAGUUCAUCCAGUAGUAACUACCUAAAGACUUGAGGCCUUCGAUUUAGGAAUUUGUUGGGCACAUUAUUCAGACAGCAAGUAAUCAAGCAUAUGUUGGAGGAGACAAUCUGUACAUCAUAUUAGCGUGUAUACAUACAUAUCUUAGAUGUAAUGUAAGUAUGAAUGAUUUUGGUUAAUGAAGUCCCUAAGGGACUCCUCUUGUACCUAGUGACUAUUUUUUGUUUAAUAUAAAUGACUAACCAUUCAGGAAGUACUUGAAUGCAA